GAUUUGCAACAACAUGAACUUGCGUCAUUACGUUACUACCAACAUGGCAGCUCCCAUGAGCAGUGUGGAUAAAACCCCAGCUGAGUGUUUGCAGUUAAAUUCCACAAGUUUUCAGAAGAAAACGAGGAGCAAAUUCAUCUCUAUUCCCGGAACUAGACCCUCGGUUCAAAACGGGCAACUAUUAGUUUCUUCUGGCGUGACAUCCCUCGAUUACCUGCUCGGUGGUGGUCUAGCUGUUGGAACAGUGCUUCUUAUUGAGGAGGACCGAUAUGAUAGCUUCUCUCGCAUGAUCUUCAAGUACUUUCUGGCUGAAGGAGUUGUGUGUCGGCAUGAACUUUUUGUGGCAGCAGCUCAAGAUGACCCUGAUGACAUCUUGCAGGAACUCCCAGCACCCAUCUUGGAUGACGUUGCUAUCCAUAGACCUGGAGACCAACCCAGGAUGUCCUGUGAGCCUCAGGACACUUUGGAUGCCAUGAAGAUUGCUUGGCGCUAUCAGAAUCUUCCUAAAGUACAGAGUGCACUGGCAUCCUCUUCUCGGUUUGGGCACUACUACGACGUGUCCAAGAUCAUGGAGCCGGAAAUUCGCCAGGCAGCUAAGUGGCACCGCUUCUACCAUCCAGAGCAUCCGCCUCCAUCAUCAGGCACACACAGUCCAAAGCUGGAGUCCUACUCUGCAUUGCUGAAGUCUCUUCAGGAGGUUAUACAAAGAGAGGGCUUUGAUUUGAAUGCCCCCUUGCCAAAGUCACGCAACAUUUUGCGUGUUGGACUUCACUCUCUUGGUUCAGCUCUGUGGGGAGAUGACCUGUGUUGUCACGACAACCCUAAAAACGUCCAUGCACUAACUUCCUUUCUAUAUGGACUUCGUGCCUUGCUAAGGUCAUCACUGUCAGUUGCCGUUGUCACUGUACCUUCUCACCUCAUUCAGGACAGGGCUCUCAUGGGCAGCAUAACCAGGUUAUGUGACAAUGCCAUCGCCCUGGAAUCAUUCAAAGGCUCUGAGAGGGAGACCAACCCUCUCUACAAAGACUACCAUGGCCUCCUACAUGUACGUCAGGUACCUCGUCUGAACUGUUUGGCGAGCCAGCUCCCGGACCACAAGGAUCUGGCCUUUAAACUGAAAAGAAAACAGUUUACUAUUGAGCGACUGCAUUUGCCUCCGGACCUCUCCGAGACGGUGAGCCGCGUGGGCAAGGGGGAGCCGGCCGCCGCGGCCUGCGCUUCCGCCACUUCCAGCGCCAAACACCUGGACUUUUAGAGGGACCUGCGCAGUCGCUACGGGCAACCAACACCUGGAACGCUGCAGUCGAUGUCCUCUUUGCCGCAGCGAACAGGUUGCUCCCUCACCCACGCAGUGUCAACUGCAAUCACCCGACCAGCCAUUACCACCUGCCAAAUGACCCAGCCAGGGGUGAAGAUCUAAACACUUCAACUCUUAACAGACAUGCUUACUCACACAUUUCAGCUCCUAUUUUGACUGAGAAUGCUCAUAUUCUGAGUUGUCGGAACUGCUAACAGAGGCUGGUACUCAAGCCACUUCAUCUUAAGCCUGGCAAUAAUUUAAGAUUUGAUCAUUUAGUUGUUUUUUUUUUUGUUUUUUUUGCCUCUAGCAAGUUUGCUUACAAAUGUCAGCUUGGAACACGUUCAAUAAUUUAACAAACUCUACCCAACAAGAGGCUGCAUUUUCCCUGCUCCACCGCUUACAGUUGUGUGUGAAUACCAUGUAUUCUUUAGGACAAUGGAAGUGGCUCUUUUAAAAUGAAAUAAAAGCAAAUAAACAAACA